AUGCGUUGCUCAACACUGUUGGUGCCGGCUCUGGCAUCCCUUGCCCUUGCUGCGCCAACCUACCCCACGCUUAACCUCCAGGCCGCGUUGCCGGGUAGCAUCGAGCAAAUCUCCGAGUACUUCAACAUGCUGGCGACCAAGGUUCAGGCCACCAAGUAUCUGUCAACCGCACCGGUCUGCGACCUCUCCACGGCUAAGCUACCUGAAGCCGCAACCCAGACUCUCGGCAAGCCUAGAGACGGCCUCACUCUCAUGCACAUCGCCAUCGGCCGUGGCACCCAGAACUACACCUGCGACACCAGCAACUCGACAGCCGUCCCCGUCGCCACCGGCGCCGUCGCGACCCUCUUCAACGCCAGCUGCGUCGGCUCCCUGUACCCGGACCUGCUCGACAAGCUGCCCGUCGUAGCCAUGGACUUCAACCUCACCGAGGAGGAGACGAACCGCCGCCUGGGGCCGAGCAACCUCGCCAUUUCGGGCCACCACCUCUUCACCGGAAAGGGCGUCCCGCUCUUCAUGCUCGAGAACGACGGCGCGUCUGUCGGCGACUCGUACUGCGCCAAAAACGCGUCCAUGCCCGCGCCCCUCACGGCUCAGUCCGGCCAGCACGGCGAGGCGGCGGUUCCCUGGCUCCGGCUGCGUACCGUCGAGCCCAGCACCGGAGACGUCCAGGAGGUGUACAGGAUACACACCGUCGGCGGCAGCGCGCCGGCUUCGUGCCAGGGCCAGGCUGCUAAUAUUGAGGUCCAGUACGCUACACAAUAUUGGUUCUUUUCUGGGCCCGCCCAAUGA